CCUAGUUACAUAAAAAUGUUAUGUUUAUUGAUAUCUUUAACUACAAUUCUUUUGGUUAAACAAACAAAAAGUUCGGAUAACUUGGACAUUGACUACAUCUUAAAGAAAUUGCUUGCGUCUGAAACUUUUGGUAAAAUGGCAGAUAUUAUAGCUGAGAGGGCUGUAGAAAAAAUAAGUAGCCAUUUAAAUAAAAAAACGAAAAGUGUUGACCAAGACCAUGGCUUUGAUUCUCGAAAAGAUGCCCAUGAAUUUCAAAAUAAUAUAAAUUUUUCUGUAAUAAAUGGUGCACUUUCAAAUAAAACUCCAGUUAAAAGUAAACUGUCACUGAAGUAUAAGUUAUUUACUAAACGAGCAAUCGAAAAAUCGAAGCAUAAAAGCUUUAAGCCUACGAAAAACUUUACAGAUACAGCUAAAAGCAAAUCUUAUUAUAAUAUUGAAGGUGUUAUAAAAGAAACCAAAAAUAAUAUUAGUAACAAAAUUGAACUAACCCGAGAAGUAGUUGAUUAUAAUGAAAUCAUUGAUGUAAAUGCGAAAAACAAAAAAGACAUGGAAAAUAAAAUCGAGCUAGAAUCAUUGAAUGAUAAAAAUAAGAAAGACAGGGCCAUUGAGAAAAAUGAUACUCAGAAGCCCAGGAAAGAGGAUAAGAAAGUGAAACAAAUUGUUAGCCAGCCUAAAACCAUCGGAAAUAAAGUUUUGGAAAAUGUUAAUCAUAACACGAAAUCCGACAGUAACUUAAAGAAUAGUACGGAAGCAAAACAUAUUUAUAAAGAAGGAAACAGAGUAUUUGCUUUGCAGUCGUCUUCAGAAUAUGAAGAUUUUCACAAAGAAUUUAACAAAUUGAGAAUGGAAGAAUCUAGUGCAGAACUUUCAUAAGUAGUUAUAUUAAUAAUCUUUUUUUAAGCAUAU